UCAGGAUAUCAUUACUUAAUUGUAAUAUUUAAUGUGUUGUUACAAAUGGUUACAAAUAAAUAAAUAAAAAUAAAUAGUAGGCUAUAAAUAGACUCUGUGAACUGUGGUGAUCGGAGCACCUUUAAUAUUAACCAUAAGUAUUCAGACAUGAAAAUGUAUGAAAGAAAAUCUGGGGGACUUAUUACUGUGUCAUGAUGAAAUUGUUCACAAGAGCACAAAGUUCCUCAUAAAUGAAUAGAUGAAGUGAUGAAUUUAAUUUUAAAAUGUACAACAUAUUCUUUGGUGGAGUAAGCCCCUGGAUCCCAGAAAGUCGGAGGUUCACCCACUACAAGUCCUGUGUGAAACAUCACUAAAUGUGCAUUUUUUUGUUAACAGUAGGUAUUUACUGUCUAGUCUUGGUCUUGACUUGGUCUUGGUUUAGGUGGUCUUACUUUUGUAGACAUUUAGUGUUUGAUUUUGUCAACUUGGGUCCAAACGCACCAAAUUUGUGACACGAAAAUUACUCAGGUCCAACUCAAGUGACUCAACCAUUCAUCAACCAUUUCAAAGUUAAUCCAUAAUCAUUGCCCUGCUUUCUGUACCACUAAACAAGUAUUUGAAACUGGGCCUAUUUUAUUUUUUUUAUUUUUUUUGCUUUCAUUAUGAUUGUAACCAUAAAGAAAUUAAAGAAAUGAGGGAAGAGAGGGCACUUUAUGUUGGAUGGUUCAGCAGGACCUUGGUUUAAAAAAUAGCCCGUUGUGAAAGGAGAGAUGGACAGGUUUAUUAAUGGAGGAGGACUUUGUUUGGUUGUUGCUGCCAUUGAUUAGAGGUAAUAAGUAACUACGGACACAUCAACCAUGUUAUGUGACAGAAGAAGUGAAGGUAAUUUGGAAGAGAAAGGGAAAGCAUGUCACUUUUUUUUUUUUUUUUUUUUUAGGGGUGGGGGUGGGGGUAGUGUCGACCGCCUCCUCUGACAGACGCGGCGUGGAAGACGGAUCACAGCAGUCAGGUAACGGACACCGGAGAGACGCCAGAGAGUAAACAGGAGCCAUGAUGUGCAUAUCUGAACACAGUGACGCAAUGCUACGGUAGCCUGAGCGUGCAGCUUGCUAUUGGUUCUAUUAUGCGGCAGAAAAAUCACACUUCUAAUGAACGACCUAAUUAAGAAACAACCCCCUCCACACACACACACACACACACACACACACACACACACACACACUACUUAUUUAUACGCGCGCGCACGAGUGCAUGCGCAAACCACCUUCACACAGAGACACAAAUAAGACUUAAAUGAUGGCGCGUGCAUGUUGAUCUCCCCCUGCUACAUGGGAUUUGGUCAAAACUUCAGUAAGAGAAGAAGAAAUGUGUGCGAUGAUUGUCUGGUUAUGUUUGAUGUGUGUGUGUGUGUGUUUGUGUGUGUGUGUGUGUGUGUGUGAGGAGGGGAGAGAGUAUUGUGUAUGGGACGUGUGAGCGCGCGCGCUCAGCCAAGGGAGGCGCGCACUCGCUGUUAUUGAGGGGAGAGCAGGUGCUGGCCGAAUUACCAUACAGCUGAGGGGGGAGCGAGAGAGAGAGAGAGAGAGAGAGAGAGAGAGAGAGAGAGAGAGAGAGAGAGAGAGAGAGAGCAAACUUAUUCCUUCACCACACACACAAUAACAAAAGUUCCCCCUCAUGUUGGCCACGCGAGCGACUCCGGUGCGCGCGCGCCCGCUUGCACACACAUACACACACUGCUAUAUACAUACACACACACACACGCGCUUUUUUUUUUUUUUUUUUAUAUCUUAGCCCGGAGAAUGAGAAGAAGGGGAGAGCAAAAUGGAAAAGCAGCAGAGUCCAGCCCCUCAAGUCGUUUACCUCACCACACAUGCUCUGCCAAGGAAUGUUUUCUUUAGUCUUUUGAGUCGAUUCAAAGCAUCAAAUUCUUCCCACAACCAGAAAUACCAAAAUCUAAAAGGGUGUGUGUGUGUGUGUGUGCAAAGAAGGAAAGAAGGAGGAAGAGAGGAAGGAGGAGGAGGAGGAGGGGUGUAAACAAUUAACUGAGUCAAGGUUUCAACCCUGAAAUAUGUUUUUCUCUUUCUCUCACGUUUUGUUUUUGAGAUCUUUGAAUCUUUACACUGUUUUUUUGGGGGGGUGAUUUUUUUUUUUUUUUUUGGCACUUUAACCAAAAACAUCUUAAGACAGCUAAAAGACAAAGAGGUUUGUCCAGUGAGGCAACAGCUGGAGGGAUCAAUUCAACCACAUGUCAUCAAUAUCCUGUCAGAAGGGAAUCUGGCAGGUUGUUCAAAACUCUUUACAUUCUGGUUGAAUGCAACUUCUUCGUCUACAAAGAUUUGAUGUUCCUUAUUCGACUAAAAUACUUUAACCAUUUAAUUCAGAGGGAACUACAGUGUGAGCUCCAAGCAACCAGAAAAAGUCAACAUUAUUUCCUCCUAAUCCUGUAAAUGUUGGGGUUACACCCCCUAAGGAGGCUCUCCUAAACCAGUGAAUUCAUUUAAGGUAGAAACCAGCUUUAAUUUCCUUCAACAGGUUAUGUGAAGGAUAGUCAGUAAUCUGUGGGAGUCACACAGCUUUUCUUUUCAAGUUUCACUUCUUAUUUGGUCGGAAUACUUUCACACGUCUCCAUUUUGGGCUCAUAUAUUAACGCUGUACGUGCUACACUGCUGCUGGGGGUAAAGGGAGGCUGUUGGGGUACUUGCAUGGGAUCCCAUUGUGGAGAGCCGGGCCAGAUUGGGAGGUGAAGUCGAGAAGGAGGAGGAGGGGGGUCAAUUUGCAUGUUAUUACCAUAGCAUGUGUCAGGCCGUAUAUAACAGGCUGCAGGCGGCCUUGGCUGGAGACAGACGCACAGUUCACAGUGAGGAAAGACACUAGGAGGGAGAAGGAAGCAUGUUGGACCAGUGACAAAUCUGUCCCUGGGUUAGACCAAGACCUAGACACAAAAAGCUACUUCCUUAAAUUUGUCACUUUCUUCACACAAAAAAACACAACAAAACAAGGAACCCAUUCUUUUUUUUCUUCUUCUUUUUUUAAAUCUGUCUUUACGCAUUGGAUUAACGCUUCAUAACGGAACCGGAGGACUUUUGUAUUCACCACCGCGCACUCGCAUAAGUUCACAUAUCUUGUCUUGUGAUUUUAUUUUUUUACUUUGAAGGUUUGGGAUUUAUCCUUUUUUUUGUUCCUCGGGACAUGAAUGAGAGCGGCGUGGCUGACAGCCGCAGCAAUUGAUGAGAAAACCCCGUGAGGCGACAGAAACGUGCUCAAUGCAUCUUCCUCAGAGGGAUUGAACAGGAGGAGGCACCCGGAGGACAAGCCGAGCCCCGAGACUUUUUACUUUAUUUAUUUAUUAUUUAUUAUGUAUUUAUUUAAUAUGGGGCGCACCAUCCUGCUGACUCUCGCCGUCAUGUCCAUGUUGCUGUGCCAGGGGUUUUGUUCGGGAGUUUUUGAGCUGAAGUUGCAGGAGUUCUUAAACAAGAAGGGGGUGCAGGGCAACAAAAACUGCUGUAAGGGAGGCCUGACCUCUUCUUUCCAGCAGCAGUGCGAAUGUCAAACCUUCUUCAGGAUCUGUCUCAAGCACUACCAACCCAACGCCUCCCCGGAGCCCCCUUGCACCUACGGCGGCGCUGUGACGCCCGUACUCGGCUCCAACUCCUUCCAGGUCCCCGAUGUCAUCCCGGAGAGUUCAUUCACCAACCCCAUCAGGAUUAACUUCGGCUUCACGUGGCCGGGGACCUUCUCGCUGAUCAUUGAGGCAUUACACACAGACUCAAAAGACGACCUCUCCACAGAGAAUCCAGACCGCGUUAUCAGCACCAUGACCACCCAGAGACAUCUAACGGUGGGAGAGGACUGGUCUCAGGAUCUGCACACCGGCGGCAGGACGGAGCUCAAGUACUCGUACCGCUUCGUGUGCGAUGAGCACUACUACGGGGACGGUUGCUCUGUGUUCUGCCGGCCGAGAGACGAUGCCUUCGGCCACUUCACCUGUGGGGAGCGCGGGGAGAUUGUGUGCGACGCUGGGUGGAAGGGACAGUACUGCACUGAACCGAUUUGCCUGCCAGGUUGUGACGAAGAGCAUGGCUUCUGCGAGAAACCCGGAGAGUGCAAGUGCAGAGUGGGAUUCAAAGGCCGCUACUGCGAUGAGUGCAUUCGUUACCCGGGCUGCCUCCAUGGGACCUGCCAGCAGCCCUGGCAGUGCAAUUGUCAGGAGGGCUGGGGAGGACUUUUCUGCAAUCAAGAUCUCAACUACUGCACUCACCACAAGCCCUGUAUGAAUGGAGCCACUUGUAGCAACACUGGUCAGGGCAGCUACACCUGUUCCUGCAAGCCUGGCUUCACUGGGGCCAGCUGUGAGAUCCAGGUCAAUGAAUGUGCUGGAAACCCCUGUCGCAACGGAGGAAGCUGCACUGAUUUGGAAAACACAUAUACCUGCACUUGCCCUCACGGUUUCUAUGGCAACAACUGCGAGCUGAGCGCCAUGACGUGUGCUGAUGGGCCCUGCUCCAAUGGUGGCCGCUGUGCUGACAACCCUGAUGGAGGCUACUUCUGCCAGUGCCCCACAGGGUAUGCAGGGUUCAACUGUGAAAAGAAGAUUGACCACUGCACCUCCAGCCCCUGCUCCAAUGGUGCACGAUGUGUGGAUCUUGUCAACUCGUACCUGUGUCAGUGUCCAGAUGGUUUCACCGGCAUGAACUGUGACCACACAGGGGAUGAGUGCUCUACAUACCCUUGCCAAAACGGCGGGACAUGCCAGGAAGGUCUCAACGGCUACACCUGCACCUGCCCGCCGGGAUACACUGGUCGCAACUGCAGCUCACCCAUCAGCCGUUGUGAACACAAUCCUUGCCACAAUGGUGCCACCUGCCACGAGAGAAACAACCGCUAUGUCUGUGCGUGUGUUCCUGGCUAUGGUGGCAGAAACUGUCAGUUCUUGCUUCCAGAGCACGCUGCCAUCCGCGGGUCAGAGGUGCCCUGGAUGGCUGUUGGGUCCGGUGUGGCCUUGGUGCUUCUGCUGCUGGCAGGAUGCGCUGUUCUUGUUGGAUUUUUCAGAUCAAAAGCUCAGCGCAGCGGUCAAGUAGAAACAGUUGGUGAGGGAGAGACAAUAAAUAAUCUGACAAACAACUGUCACAGGAGUGACAGGGACCUGGCAGUCAGUGUGAUGCCAACGCCAGGUGUCAAAAAUAUCAACAAGAAGAUGGACUUCUGCAGCGGUGACCCUGAUGAAGGAUCUUCACCAGGCAGGAGCGGCUACAAGAGCCGCCAUCAACCUGCAGACUACAACCUCGUACACGAGGUCAACUAUGAGCAGGCGGCUAAAGAGGCCAUGCUGGAGGCAGCCUGCGAGGACAAGUGCCAAUCCCUGGACUCAUUUGAGUUCGAGGAGAAACGCAGCAAACGUUUAAAAUGCGAUGCAUCAGAAAAGAAAGCCCCAGAAAUGUCUGCAUGUGCGGACACCAAGUACAAAUCUGUGUUUGUGAUGUCAGAGGAAAAGGACGAAUGUAUAAUUGCAACUGAGGUGUAACGAGCCACCAAUGGGCUGCCCGUUGCUCAUUUGCUCUAUGGGAGAGUUUUUAUACUCCUUCAGAUGCUGCUCUAACCCUAGGGGGAGGUGUCCCGCCUUGAGACUGCUGCUGAUACUGAGACGUUUAACUGAUAUUCAGAGUGAGCUGGUUCUCUACUGGAAACUAAGCGCAGGCAGCGGCGGCCUGUGGGAUAAGAACUGGCGGGGUAAAAAAUAAAUAAAUAAAAAGAAAAAGUUUACGGUUGAAAGUAAACUGCCAUUUAGCUUUCUGUUCUGCCUUUUAUCGGGGAAAGGGGGUAAAAAAAAAUAUAUAAGCGGACACUGUCUCGUGGCGAUAACGUGUGAUGCUACGAUUUUUGUUUUUGCAACAUUUGCACCCAGGCCUUUUCUCUAACCCACACGCCGUUGCUGAGCGCAGGAACUGCAUCAAACGGUGGAUGUUUGGCCAUACUGGCCUGUUCUUCAUGAGGCUGUUCACAUGGGCUGUUCACCCAUCACUACACCUGUGAAGACUGUAUGUAUACUUGAUCACUGUGUUAACUGAAGUGCGUUUUCUUCCCUAAGCCCUCCAAACCAUUUAUGACAUAUUAUUGUUCUUUUUUUUUUGUUUCUUUUUGGGACAUGAAAACUUUGUCUUAAUUAAAAAAAAAAAAAAAUGUUGCUU